GCAACUGUUUCUCCUGUCAGUCGGCUGCCGCUUGCCUGGCGAGCGGUUGGGAAUACAGAGCGAGAGAGAAGCAGUGAGGGAGACAGAGAAAGGGGCUUCUCUGUGCUGGGUUUUUUUAUUGUAGCAGCGGCUAUUGUGGCACAGGGAGCUGCAGACACGCUGUGAGGGAGUGGAUUUAGGUGCUGGACAAAAAUCUGCAUAUCCAUGGAUUUCCAGAAGAGGGAUGCUGGAGGCUAAUGUGGCUAACAUUAGCUUGACGGCUAAGCCCAGAGAGCUGGACAUGAGGUCCGCUGCUGCUGCUGUCUCCUGCAAGGAAACUCCAGCCCAGGCAAUGGCCUCUAGGAAGUCCUCAGCCAAGCCAUCCGCUUUACCCCAGGGACCCUCGCGUCCCUCAGGGGCAUCAGAGCUCAAAGUCUACCGGCCCGCCUCUGGAUCUAUUCCUAUACCAGUCCCCAAUCUGUCCGGGCUCCGCAAGCAGCGAUCACUAAGCAACCUAUGUGUGCUCACUGAUGCUGAGAAGAAGCUACACCUUUACCAAUCCCCUCGCUGGAAUGAUGAUGCCAGCCGGCCUGGCUCUGGUACCGGCAUAAACAAGCCAGGCCAGACUAAGACAGUUCAUGCUGGGGGUGGGAAACCUCCACUUUCCCGGACCCUGUCAAAAUCAGAACAGUCUCUUUUCCAGGGAAAGCCCAAGCCUUUCUGCUUGCCAUCUGUGACUUCCAGUGUGAGCAAGCAGAGUCGGAUCCCUGCCCCUGGUAAACCGCGGGGACCUUAUGCUGAGGUCAAGCCCAUCAGCAAGGCCCAGGAGGCAGGCCAGAGUACAGACCCUGCAGACAAGCAAACUAAGACUAACUCCAAUGGAUCUGGGAACACUGGGAACACUGGGACUAAUGGCAAGAAACUAGGAGAGGGGGAGAAGGGGAGACCCGUAGCUCUGUCAACAGAGGACAAGAAAGAGAAGAAGGGCAUAGAGGGAGAAGAUGAUAAGAGCUUUCUGAAGGUGGACCCAGAGCUAGUGGUGACUGUUUUGGGUGACCUGGAGCAGCUUCUCUUCAGUCAAAUGCUGG